AUUUCUUGCUUAUUCUUAUUACUACAUUUAUAAAUUAAAAACAAUGUCUUCAAAAUUUUGGGCAGAAUUAUCUAACGAUUAUGAAAAACUUUUUGAGACAGAAAUCGGAUAUGAUGUUAUUAUUUAUGCUGGUGAAGAGCAAUAUGUUAAGGAAAUUCAUGCUCAUUCAAAUAUUUUAUCUAUUAGGUCUCAAUACUUUCACUCUGCAUUUUCUAAUGAAUUGACUGAGAAAAAGGAUGGAAAAUUUAUUUUCAAAAAACCAAAUAUUUCUCCACAAUUAUUUAAUAUUAUUCUUAUAAUAAUUUUUAUUUUAAAAUAUAAAAUGCUUUCUGAUCCGAUUAAUUUAGUAAGCUUUUUUGUAUUAGGAUUUAUAGGAUGGAUUACCCAUAAAAUUCUUAUUUGGCCAUUUUUUGUUUCUCCUUUGAAAAAUAUUCCUGGUCCACCACCUGAUAGUCUAAUUUACGGAAAUGUUAAAGCAUUGUUAUCAAUAGAGGCUGACGGUUUCGUUGAACCACAAUUUAAAUGGUAUAAAAAAUACGGAAAUAUAUUAAAAUACUACGGAAUAUUUAACAAACCAACAAUUUUUGUUGCCGACCCAAAAAUAAUUCAAGAAAUAACGUUGAGUAGAAGUUAUGAUUUCACUAAACCUUACAGUAAUAAUAAGUCUGCUAUUGCACUUCUCGGUAAAGGACUAAUAUUUGCGGAAGGUGACGUUUAUAAGAGACAAAGAAAAAUGAUGAAUCCAGCUUUCUCUCAUAGUAACAUCAAAGGAAUGGUUUUAGACUUUAUUCGUGUAACCACUACUUUAAUAGACUUAAUCAAAAAAGAGAUGAACCAAGGAAAUUCUAACGUUAAUCUUACACUUUAUAUAUCAAAGGCUACUUUGGACAUUAUCGGUUUAGUAGGAUUUAGUUAUGAAUUCAAUUCGUUAACUUCCAAGCGAAUUUGCAAUAGCAUUCGAUGGUCUUUUCAAUGCCACUCCAGAUAUGUUUCACGCUGCCAUUAUGCCAUUAUAAUGUUUUCAAGUUAUUUCUCAUCUGUCGGACAUAUCCCAAUAGAUGUAAAUUUGAGAUAUAAAGAAGCGUGUGUUGUUAUACACUGCGAAUCAAAGAAAUUGAUUGAUGUAAAAUAUAAAGAAGCCGAAAAUGGAGAAUUGAAAAAUAAGGAUUUGUUGUCAUUAUUAAUUAAUAACAAUAAAACUUUACCUGAUGAAGAAAAAUUGACUUAUGAUGAAUUAAAAAAUCAAAUUAUGACAUUUUUAAUAGCAGGACAUGAAACUACAAACGUUACAACUUCAUGGGCUUUAUAUUUACUCGCACACCAUCCACAUCAUCAAGAUUUAUUACGUGAGGAAUUAGUCAAAGCUUAUCCUGAUAAAUCACAAUUCAAUCCCACAUAUGAUGAAAUACAUUCUUUGGAGUUUUUAAAUUGCGUACUUAAAGAAGUUUUAAGAAUAGCCGCUCCAAUACCAAUCUCUAAACGACUUAACCUUAAAGAUGAAUUUUUUGGGAAAUAUCUUAUUCCAAAGGCAUCAGUUCAAAAAUCAGCUGAAAUUUGGGGCCCAACGGCUGAGGAAUUUGAUCCAAAAAGAUGGUUAGAUUCUGCUUUAAUAAAGAAGAUAAACAAUUAUAAUUAUUUACCCUUCCUUAAUGGUGCAAGAGGUUGCAUAGGCAAUAAAGUAGCUUCAGCUGAAGUUAAAAUAAUGUUGGCCAUGUUAAUUAUGAAUUUCGUUUUCAAACCAAUUGAAGGAUUUCAAAUUAAAAGAAGAGCUUUGUUCACACCAAAAGUUGAUCCAUAUCUUGGAUUAGGUGUAUCUAGCUAUAGUUAA